CCAUGGCCCCCCCCGGGACCCUCGGCCUGGUCCUGCUGCUGCUGCUGCUCGCCCCAGGAUUGGCCGCGGCGCAGACAGAAUGUUCCGGGUGCCUCCCGGGGCCGGGACCAAUCACGGCGCUCGUUGUUGCUGAUGUCAUCCUGACGCUGCUGAUCGCGGGCGGAGCCUAUUGGCUGGCGGGGCGGGGCCGCAGAGCCCCGCCCAAGCCCCGCCCCCCGGAGCAGGACUCGCACUACCAGGAGCUGCAGGGCGCGCGCGGGGACAUCUACAGCGAGCUCAAGCGCUGAGCGCCGCCUGCCCCGCGGCCUGCGCCCUCCGCUGCCGCCAUUAAAGCGCUUUCUGCCCUUCCCGCAGCCAUUUUCGUCCGUUUUUCGCUGAU